AUGGAGUUCUCCGAUGUCAACCGUUUUCACCGCCGCGAACCGCUGCCGCAGACUCAACAAACCUCCUUGAGGCCCAAUUCCAGCACCACUACUAGGGCCUAUCAAGAACCGGAGCACGAAGAAGAACCCGAUAGCUGGGGUUGCGAGUAUGCGGAUUCCUUACCUGACCGAAAUUGUUGUUUAUGUCGAGAACGAUACGACGAGCCGAUGAAUUUUGUUACCGAUCUGUUCGAGCCUCGCGAAGCCCAUAUUCUUGAUGACCCAAUUCGGGAGUUCGAUUCAGGACCGUCGGAGGAUACGGGGAUGGAAUUUGGGUUCGGUCCGGGACUUGGAUCGGAUACGGUCCCGGUGGAGCUUGGGGCUCGGGUUGAUGGCUCGAAUUCGGAGUCUGGUUUCGGUGUAUUUGAGGUAAAUUCUGGGUUUAUUGUUAACGGUGAAGACAAUUAUGAGAGCUUUGGGGUGAAUGAUUAUCGUAUCACUGAAAACGAAAGAGAAGAGUUUGAGUGGGAGGAGGUGAAUGAGAGAAACCAAUUUGACGAGAGAGUGAAUUUUGACUCCGUGAUUGAACGAAUUGGGGGAGUCUUGGUUUCUUCAAAUGUUCCAUCCCCAGAAGGCGAGGAUUCAUUCUUAGAUGCAGUAGAAGGCGAAUUAGAAGAAGAAGAAGACAAUGAAGAAGAAGAGAGAGAUGUCGAGUGGGAAGUGCUCAUGACAGUGAAUAAUUUGGAUAGGGAUUUUGGUUUUGAGAACCAAGAAGAAUAUAACAAUGAGAGUGAAUUUGCUCGUUUUGAUCUUCCAGAAUUGGUGGAGAAUGAGAAUGCUGUAAAGGUUGGUCUGCCUGCAUCGAAAUCCGUGGUGGAGAAUUUGCCUACAAUGGUGUUGACAGUUGACAAAGUGCGGCAGAAUAAUGAUUCUGUUGUUUGUGCAGUUUGUAAGGAGGAUGUUGCAGCUGGAGAAAAGAUGACUAGAAUGCCUUGCUUCCAUCUUUAUCAUGGGGACUGCAUUUUGCCAUGGCUUGAGAUCAGGAAUACAUGCCCUGUUUGUAGGUAUGAAUUGCCUACAGACGAUGCAGAUUAUGAGAAAAGACGAAGGGAUAGGGGUGGUGAUGGAGUUGCUCGUCACUUGGUCGAUGAUUUACAGUUUACCAAGCCACCCACUUGGGAAGAUAGUUUCCAGGAAGAAGCAACUACUCCUUAUUGUAUUCAAGAAGUAAAAGUAAACUUACCGGUGGCUUUCACACCCCAGCAAAUGUAG